UUAAAUAGAAGCUCGGUCAAAAUGAAGAGCCGUCAGUAGCCCGGUGUUUGUAGUCUUCUUAUUGCGUCCCGAUCCAAUCUCUCUCUCUCUCUCCGAGAGGCUUCUGUUUAAACCCUAUGCUCCUCUUCGCUUUGGCUCCUGCUCUUCCACUCCGGCGGCGGCGGCGGCAAAGGCGUCAAGGGGGCGCACUUCUUCCAUGACCGGCGGCGUAUGCGCGGGGCUUCAGCCCCAAUUCUCGUCUUGCAACUCUCUUGCCCUCGUUCUUCCUCCAGCUUCCGGCUCGGAUCUCUCUGGAAGAGUCGGCCACUGCCAUCUCUCUCGCCCCUCUUCUCUUCCUCUCGGUCGUAGCCGUCUGCAGUUGUCUUUCUUCAGUCCUAAUUCCUGUUAUCUGCGCCGACCAUCUCUGCUUCGCUCCUCAGAUCCUUCGGCUUCACCGCUCGUUGACGGCAGCAACAGCAAUGGAAACAAUGGGAGCAAUAACAACAACAAUGGGAACAAUCAUGGGUGGUGGUGGUCGGAUGACCGAAACUUUUCUUUUGGCCCAGAUGACUGGUGGUCUCAGUUGCAACUCUUCUUUCUUGGGAGCGCACCCAACGACUUCGAUUCUCUUUCCUACUCCGUUAGGGUUAUUGGCGUUUUGCUUCUGUCCUUGCUCCCAUUUGCCCUCUUCCCAUCUCUUGCACUGGGCAUAGCUGCCACUGCUGGAGGUGCUAUUUCUUUCGUGUGGGAAGUGACUGGUGGCCGGCGUACAAAGCUCUUGUUUGAACCAUACAGUGAUUCCUUAGUGACCGAGCGAGAUGCGAAGCACCGCUAUGGAGAUGGCGAGCACUCUUUUCACCUGGGUCUUGAUUCCUCUUGGCAUGUGUUUAGAGAUCUCAUCCUGAGGCUUUUGCUGCCUGAAGGUUAUCCCCACAGCGUCAGCGGCGAUUACCUUGAAUACUCUCUCUGGAGAGGGGUCCAGGGUGUUGCUAGCCAGAUCAGCGGGGUCCUUUCAACUCAGGCUUUACUUUAUGCAAUUGGAUUGGGAAAAGGUGCAAUUCCAACUGCAGCUGCUGUAAAUUGGGUGCUCAAGGAUGGAAUAGGCUAUCUUAGCAAAAUAUUAUUGUCGAAAUUUGGUCGCCACUUUGAUGUUAAUCCAAAGGGAUGGAGGCUGUUUGCUGAUCUUUUGGAAAAUCUAGCAUAUGGGUUGGAAAUCAUUACUCCUGCAUUUCCUCAAUUUUUCGUUUUGAUAGGUGCCACAGCUGGGGCUGGCCGUUCUGCAGCUUCUCUGAUUCAGGCUGCUACCAGAAGCUGUUUCUAUGCUGGUUUUGCUGUGCAAAGAAAUUUUGCUGAGGUUAUUGCAAAAGGAGAAGCUCAAGGAAUGGUGAGCAAAUUUAUUGGGAUAAUGCUUGGAAUAGCCCUGGGUAACUAUAUUGGUUCAUCAACUCCAUUAGCUCUUGCUUCUUUCACUGCAGUGACGGGACUCCAUAUGUACUGCAACAUCAAGUCUUAUCAAUCAAUUCAGAUAAGAACUUUUAAUCCUUAUCGGGCAUGUCUGGUUUUUAGCGAAUAUCUAUUAAGUGGGCAAAUUCCUCCUGUAAAAGAGGUUAAUGAUGUAGAACCAUUUUUCCCAAGCAUGCAAUUUCCUGACAGAAAAAUUCAAAGAGUACUAUCGUCGGAGGCUAAAGAUGCAGCAGCUGAGAUUGGCCACAGGUUGCUGAUGGGAUUUAAACUUAGUGAAUUGGUAAACAAUAAAGAAGAUGCCUUUGCGCUUUUUGAUCUAUUCAGAAACGAAGGCUAUCUGCUUACAGAAAACAAAGGAAAAUUUUGUAUAAUUCUCAAGGAAAGUUGUUCGCCAGACGACAUGCUGAAGUCAAUUUUUCAUGUUAAUUACUUGUACUGGCUGGAAAAAAAUGUGGACAUCGAAUCAAGAAGUAUUGCUGAUGAUUGCAGGCCAGGAGGAAGGUUGCAUAUAUCCUUAGAUUACGUUCAAAGGGAGUAUGGACAUGUAAAAUCUGAUGGCCUGCAAAGUGGCUGGGUCACUGAUGGGCUGAUUGCAAGGCCAUUACAGAACAGAAUACGGCCACCUUUCUAAUUUCCGUUUGAACAGAUUUAUGGAACCCUUGCAGGACAACAAAAACCAAAUACAAAGAAAAUAGAGGACUAGGAGAUCCAUGUUGACAAAAGCUUGUUUAAAGGUUGGAUGACUAAUUUGUGAGCAACAAUGACAACUUGAAAAUUCUGUUCUCGAAGGAAACAUGUUUUUUAGUGUGUUAACCAGAGUUUUGAGUUUGAAAGGAAGAAUUGAAAUACCUUGAAACCAUUGUAAAGAUACUAGACAGUAUGCCUCUGCCUUUUACAAACAUAUUUUGAAGAUUUGAUCCCAAUGUACCAAGCCAAAACUGACUGGCACAGCAUUGCUACUUUUCCAA